AUGUCCAUCAUCCUCUCAGGUCUUAUCCAUCUCUUUCGACCAUUGCUAUCCUCCCUCUCCGGUGCACUCGACUGCGAGGGCUUGAACCCAUGGUACUUCCUGCUGGGCCUCCGCAUCAUGGCCAUCUUCUUCGCCAACGGCCCCUGGGACAAGAUCAAAGACGACACCAGCUGCAGUAUCACCGAGGGCGAAGGCGACCUGUCGCGAGACUUCUGCACAGCCCUGUGCUACAACCAACAUUUUCCCGUCUCCGUCGCAGCAACAUGGGGGCUGGUAUUCAUCGCGUUGAUCCUUCUCGUAGGGCUCCUGCGGCUCACCACCCCCAAGGAGAAGAAGAAGAAGAAGAGGAGAGAGAAAGAGGAUAGGGAUAAAGGGGAAGGCUUGGCCAUUGUUGCCACAGCAUCCCACAGUGGCGUCCCCGACAUAUCCACCAUCUACAACGUUGGGCGCCGUGGUCUCCCUAGGCACUAUGGCCACGACCAUGCCCACCAUCGCCACCAUGCCCACCAUCCUUACUAUACCCACUGGGAUGAUUGGCACGGGGGGCAUGCGGCUCCCAUGGCUGAAGGGUAUGGCCCCAGUGUGAGCUAUGGUCCAACGGACACUAGGCAAACCAAGAUGGCCGCACAUCAAGGUCACAUGAGGCAAACCACUGCGGCAUCCUAUUGUGGCGAAAAGGAGCAGUGCCACGUGGCCACCAAGAGCACCUCGGCCUCCCUUAGCGGCUCACCUUACAAAGGCAAAAUGUCCCCUCAGUCUUGGUCAGGUGACGAGCACAGAGAACCCCUCCAUUGGAGAUACGCCAACCCUCAAGAAUCGGGUGGUUUAGCUAAUGAUGGGUAUGCUAUGGGCACACCUAAAAGAUACAUCGGCCAAGGUAUCCAUGAUGAUGGCAAAUACAGCACGGCCACCAAAUGCAAGUCAGACACCGAAGGCAGCAUGGGCUAUGUCCCUGCCCAUCCCUGGGUAGAUGACAAAGCAAACAUGGCCAUCAAACGCAGGCCGGCUCAGGGGUGUAAGGUGCACGGCCAGCGCCACGUAACCUUUGACACCACAGGCAGGAGUGAUGGGAACUUUGGAGGCAAUGUGUGCAACCAGCCAUGGAUGGCUGGAGACUCCCACUGCAAACCUGUUGGCCAGGCACAGGUCAUGUCCGGACCAGGCAUGGCUGCCGGACCGAUGCUGUGUUACCAUGGAGACACGGCCUGCACAUGCACCGAGGCUGAACCAUGUCACGCGACCCCGCCGUGUGAAGCUGCCCACCACCACGACCGACACAGAGAAUCUUCUUCUAGGCGGAAGAAGAGGCCCAGGAUCACUAACAUCUGUGGUGUCCCCCUCUUUGAUAUCUGGGUGGGACUUAUCCUUGCCUUGGAGAUCUCUUUCCUCUGUGUCAUUUUCAUCUUCCAGAUGCCCAGGCUCUGGGGUGCGUAUUGGGUAUGCACCCCGUCGACUACCAGGUGCCAGCAGAGAAUUGAGUGCACCAUAAAUGGCAGGGCUGAGAAACGGGUGGCGCUGUGGGGGCUGGUUUUCACCUCCAUCCUUUUCAUCAUCACCUGCGCCGGCUACUUCCACCUGCGGAUGUGCUGGAACGAGAGCUGCCAGAGAAUGUGCGGGGAGAAGGAAGAGGAAAGCCGCGAAGAAGUGUGCUCUGAGGAGUCGGAGGAGAAGGAUGACGACAACAGAGGGCGUGAAGUGGGGGUGUGA